AUGGACAUCCAGUGCCACGCCUGCAUUGGUGGUACCAGCGUCCGUGACGACAUGAAGGCUCUCCAGGACGGUCCCCAGGUCGUUGUCGGUACCCCUGGCCGUGUCCACGACAUGAUCCAGCGCCGUGUCCUCAAGACGGACCACAUGAAGAUGUUCGUCCUUGACGAGGCCGAUGAGAUGUUGUCUCGUGGUUUCACCGAGCAGAUCUACGACAUUUUCCAGCUUCUGCCCCAGUCCACCCAGGUCGUCCUUCUGUCGGCCACCAUGCCCCAGGACGUGCUCGAGGUCACCACCAAGUUCAUGCGCGACCCCGUCCGUAUCCUCGUCAAGAAGGACGAGCUUACCCUCGAAGGUAUCAAGCAAUUCUACAUUGCUGUCGAGAAGGAGGACUGGAAGCUCGACACUCUGUCCGACUUGUACGAGACCGUCACCAUUACUCAGGCCGUCAUCUUCUGCAACACGCGCAGAAAGGUCGACUGGCUCACUGACAAGCUCACUGCCCGUGACUUCACCGUCUCGGCCAUGCACGGCGACAUGGACCAGGCCCAGCGUGAUGUCAUCAUGAAGGAGUUCCGUUCCGGAUCUUCCCGUGUCCUGAUUGCCACUGACCUUUUGGCCCGUGGUAUCGACGUCCAGCAAGUGUCGCUUGUCAUCAACUACGACUUGCCCGCCAACCGCGAGAACUACAUUCACCGCAUCGGUCGUGGUGGACGUUUCGGACGUAAGGGUGUCGCCAUCAACUUCGUCACUGCCGACGAUGUUCGCAUGAUGCGCGAGAUUGAGCAAAUGUCUGCAUAUGAUAGACUCACGAUGCUUAGUUGA